AUGUGGAUUGGAAGCGCUGUGGGCAUCGCCUUGAGGUAUGCUUUGUACUUCGCAGGAGCACCCGCUAUGCUGGAAGAGCACUUGGAGCUCAACAGUCCCAUCACAUCGCACUUGAGGCUCAAAGAAGGCCUCUUUUUGCUUCACCAAAGCAUCUCGCCCUAUGCCGGGGACACUUGCCAUUAUCCACCCUUGCUCCUGUUGUUUCUGGAACGGCUGGACCAGGUGUCGCCUUUGGCUGUCUUCAGCUUCUUGGUGCUCCUGGAUCUGGCCACAGCUCUGCUUCUGCGGCAGCUCGCAGUGCUGUACCGCGUGGCGCGGCGCGCGGCCGGCGCCGGCUGGGCGGAAGCCUCGCGAAAGAUGGAGUCCACCCCGGCAGUGGCUGAAGACAUUGAGGAGGUGCUCAGCCCUGCAUUUGUGGGCCUGUUUUACUUGCUCAACCCACUGACCAUUGCCAGCUGUGUUGCCUUGUCGAUUCAGAACUUGCAGCAUUUCAUGUUUACCUUGGCCAUCGUCGCGGCAGCCGCCGGUAGAGGGGGGUUUUCCGCCAUAGCGGUGGCUUUGUCGCUAUACGUCUGUCCCUUCACAUCGAUCUUGUUGCUGUUGCCCUGCGCAGCGUUGGCCUGGCAGCAGAGCCGCAAGGCGCGCGAACAAAGCGGCGAUCCCGAGUACCUCCCAUCUUGGCAGCAGAAAUUGGUGAAUUGUGGUUUCAUCGCAUAUUGUGUCAUUUUCACCGCUAUGACGCUGGGUCUUUUUGCAUGUCUUCUGGGAGCCUCGGCUGCCUCGAUGGGAGGCGAGUUGCAGUUCUUCGAGGCCUGCUUUGUGUCGGUGAUGGCCGUCCGUGACUUGACGCCCAACACGGGGCUCUUUUGGUACAUGUUCACGGAGGUCUUUCAGCGAUAUUAUCAGCUCUUCAUCUUUGCUUUCCAUGCCCACAUCCUGUUUUAUUCUGUCCCCUUGCACCUUCGACUUGGCUGUUACGGUCCCACCGGUCCAUUUAUUCAUUGUGGAGCAGCUUUGGGCAUGAUCUCUCUCUUCCGGCCCUAUCCCACUGCGAGUGACUACGGCUUGAUGCUGUCCGCCAUGCUGGUGCAAGCCGAGUUGAUCAAAGAAAGCCAGGAAUACUUCGCAUUUCUCCUGAGUGGAGUGAUGUUUGGCUUGUCGAUGGUGCCAACCAUGGUGGCAGUGUGGCUGGGUCGAAAUGCAGGCAACGCCAACUACUUGUACAACAUGACCCUGGUGGUCAAUGUCUUUGGCUCUUUGACUCUAUCACAGUGGGUCAGGGCGGGCAUGCGGCUGCGAAAGCGACAGCAUCAGCUCAGUUACUUCCGGAAGGUGGUCCUGGACAUUGUCGACGAGGUCGUGGCGGAUCCCAAGGCUGCCAAGGAGAAAGCCUUGGGCGCAGAUGCCGCGGUGCGGUAA